AUGCCUUUCCAAAAGACUCAAAAAUCAUCUGCUUACCACUCCAGAUUCCAAACUCCUUUCCGUAGAAGACAAGAAGGUAAAACCGACUACUACCAAAGAAAGAGAUUGGUUACUCAACACAAGGCCAAGUACAACACCCCAAAGUACAGAUUGGUUGUUAGAUUCACCAACAAGGACAUCAUUGCCCAAAUUGUCAGUGCUCAAAUCACUGGUGAUGUCGUUUUCACUGCUGCUUAUGCUCACGAGUUGCCAAGAUAUGGUAUCAAGCACGGUUUGACCAACUGGUCCGCUGCUUAUGCUGUUGGUUUGUUGGUUGCCAGAAGAGCCUUGCAAAAAUUGGGCUUGGACGAAACCUACCAAGGUGUUGAAGAAGUUGAAGGUGAGUUUGAAUUGACUGAAGCCGUUGAGGAUGGACCAAGACCAUUCAAGGUGUUUUUGGACAUUGGUUUGCAAAGAACCACCACUGGUGCUAGAGUCUUUGGUGUUUUGAAAGGUGCUUCCGAUGGUGGAUUGUAUGUUCCUCACUCUCCAAACAGAUUCCCAGGUUGGGAUAUCGAAGCUGAGGAAUUGGAUGCUGAAUUGUUGAGAAAGUACAUUUUCGGUGGCCACGUUUCUGAGUACAUGGAAGAAUUGAUGGAUGACGACGAAGAAAAAUACAGAACUUUGUUCAAGAACUAUAUUGCUGAUGAAAUUGAAGCUGAAGAUGUCGAGGAAGUUUACGCCAAUGCUCAUGAAAAAAUCAGAGAAGACCCAUCUUUCAAGCCAACUGAAAAGAAGUUCACCAAGGAACAAUAUGCUGCUGAAUCUAAGAAGUACAGACAAACUAAAUUGUCCAAGGCUGAAAGAGAUGCUAAGGUUGCUAAGAAGAUUGCUGAAUUCCAAGCUAACAACUAG